CGCCCCGCUAUAGCUGCGGGCGGCGGGGCCGGUGCCCAGCACCAGCAGGAUCCGGCCCCGGCCAUGCGGCGGGCUACCGGCCCCGCGCUGCGGGCUACCGGCCCCGCGCUGCGGGCUACCGGCCCUGCGCUGCGGGUGGCCCUGCCGCUGCUGGGAGCCGCCGUCUCGCUGUGCGCAGGUCUGAAGUGCGUGUGCCAGCUGUGCGAGCACACCAACUUCACCUGCCAGACGGAGGGUGCCUGCUGGGCCUCGGUCAUGCUGACCAACGGGCGGGAGGAGGUCAUCAAGUCCUGCGUCUCCCUCCCGGAGCUGAACGCGCAGGUCUUCUGCCACAGUUCCAAGAACAUCACGAAGACCGAGUGCUGCUACACCGACUUCUGCAACAACAUCACCCUCCGCCUGCCCGUCGCGUCGGAGUCUCCGGGCAGAGCCGGCGCGGGACCCGUGGUGCUGGCGGUGACGGUGGCGGUGCCGGUCUGCGCCCUCUCGCUGGCGGCGGUGCUGGCAGCCUGCGCCUGCCCGGCCCGGCGCGGUGCCCGCCGCGGGGCCAAGCCGCCCAACGUGGAGGAGCCCCUCGCCGAGUCCAACCUGGUCGACGCCGGGAAGACGCUGAAGGAUCUCAUCUACGACAUGACGACCUCCGGCUCCGGCUCCGGUUUGCCUCUGCUCGUACAAAGAACGAUCGCGAGGACUAUUGUCCUGCAGGAAAUUGUAGGAAAAGGCCGCUUUGGCGAAGUCUGGCGUGGAAAAUGGUGCGGGGAAGAUGUAGCUGUGAAAAUCUUCUCCUCCAGGGACGAACGGUCCUGGUUUCGGGAGGCAGAAAUUUAUCAGACGGUUAUGCUGAGACACGAAAACAUCCUGGGCUUCAUUGCUGCCGAUAACAAGGAUAACGGGACGUGGACUCAGCUCUGGCUUGUCUCCGAGUACCACGAGCAAGGGUCCCUGUUCGACUACCUGAACCGGGGCACGGUGACGGUGGAGGGCAUGGUCAAGCUGGCGCUGUCGGUGGCCAGCGGCCUGGCACACCUCCACAUGGAGAUCGUCGGCACGCAAGGCAAGCCAGCGAUCGCGCACCGGGAUCUGAAAUCUAAAAACAUCCUGGUGAAGAGGAACGAAAGCUGCGCCAUCGCGGACCUGGGCCUGGCGGUGAAGCACGACUCGGUGCUGAACACCAUCGACAUUCCCCAGAACCCCCGGGUGGGGACCAGGAGGUAUAUGGCUCCCGAGAUACUUGAUGAUGUGAUGAACACGAACAUCUUCGAGUCCUUCAAGCGUGCAGACAUGUACUCUCUUGGGCUCGUGUACUGGGAGAUAGCCCGAAGGUGCUCCGUUGGAGGAAUCACUGAGGAAUACCAGUUGCCUUACUACGACGUUGUGCCUUCUGAUCCUUCGAUAGAAGAUAUGAGAAGGGUAGUUUGUGAACAGAAGCUCAGACCAAAUAUUCCAAACCAGUGGCAAAGCUGUGAGGCGCUGCGGGUGAUGGGCCGGAUAAUGCGCGAGUGCUGGUACGCCAGCGGCGCUGCGCGCCUGACCGCGCUGCGCGUCAAGAAGACCAUUUCCCAGCUCUGUGCGCAGGAAGACUCCAAAGCCUGACGGAGCCCCCCGGAGGAGGAGAGGGGAACGAAUUCUUCUGUUCAUCUUUUAUCAUGUGAUAUUACUUUUAUUUUUGGUCUACCUCAGAUAACGUGGUUCAGUAUUCAAGUGCCCAGACCGGAGCACUGGCAUCUAGCUUCGUAUUUGGCCGCUGGAAGGGGCAGCUUUUGACUCAUAGUUCAUAUUUUGUACAGCAAGUCAGUGACUUGCUUUGGUUCUCUAAAUCAGGCACUAGGCUAAUCACAGAAAAGAGCUUAAAACACCACGGCAGUGUAAAAAUAUCUUUCGCUAUUGUGCUUUUUAUCCUAGUCAAAUCCCAAGCCUGUUGGAAAUAGCUGGUGUUGGUUACAGCCGGUUUGCAAGAGAAGCCACAUGUUUUAUCCUCAAACCAAGUAAAAGACCAGAUUUAAUCCAGCUUUUUACAUAUUUUUAUGCAGGAAUCUGAAAAGGGGCUGUCAGUAAGAUGCAUUUUUAAAAUACUAUACCGUUACCUAAGCAAAUAAAAAUGAUGAAAAUUCUACCAAGCAUGUAUAUGAUGAACAAAAAAGCAUCUAGUCAGCUUUUUGUUAACUUUUAUUUGUAUUGUCUUGAUUUCAUAUACAUUAUUAUAGUUAGGAUUUGGAGUUCUUUUAGUCUGUUCAUUUGCUCAUGGAACAAUAUUGAUCAAGGGAAAAUUCUUAUUUUUAACAGUUAGUAGGAAGAAUAAUAGAGGCAAUACUUUUCCGAUAGAUAUAUAGGGAUGGAUUGGGAGAAAUUCUACCUAAACCGUAAAAGUGUAUAUUUUUAAACAACAUCUUGCCAGUGUGUCACUGCUAACAUUUUUUUAGUGCCUUUUGCUAUUUUAGAGGGAAGCUUGAACCAAAUUAAUUCUCGGAGAGCAGCUGCAAACUGGCAGGAAGGUUCGUUCCUCGCCGCGUUCCACGUACCGCGCGGCCCGGCCCGCUGCCUCGGAGGGUUGGGGGGGGCCCCCGCGGCCGGGAGCGGCGGUGGAGGCGGCGUUUUCGUUUGUUUGUUCGCGGUGACGGUGGCGUUUUCGUUUGUUUGUUCGCGGUGAGGGCGGUGUGUGGUUUUGGUCACGGUGACGGCAGCCCGCCGGAGCAUGAUGUGCUCUCCACCAGCCUGGCUUCGGGCCCGUUCCGCGGAUGUUUCGCCGCAGCCCGGGCCGGAUCGCCGCUUGCCGUUGCCUGUCAGGGCCUGGGGGGCUGCCGAGGGGUGAAUUUCGAGCGCAGACCGUCCUUGCACGAAGCCGACACAGCCUCUUCAGAGGUUUCUUACGGGUUUCUGCAGUAGCACCAGGCUGGUGAAAAGUAUCAGCAUCUCUAAUCAUACUUCCAUCGUACUGCGAGCUCUCAAAAGCGACGUUUUGUUUUUUUUUUUUUUCAAAAUUCACUGAUGUUCUGGCAUUUUGUGAAUGCUGCCUCACUCCGCGGUGCACACAUUUGAAUAUAGUAUUCUAAUAUUUUUAAUAGCCAAAAUUAUACAUUUUGUAAUAAUAUGGUUCUUGAAAUGCUUCUUCCACAGUAGCAAAGCUUUGCAAAAGUUUGGUGUAGCACAUGCAGCUGUGUGGAAAUAAGCUGUUAGUUAAUUAUGGUAUUUAAGAUCAAUCUUUGACGUGAAACCUCUUGAAUUGGGGCUCUUACAUGGAGGAACGGGUUAAACUGUUCCUGAGUGGGACAGUCAGUACUAUCAGUGCUCCGUGUUUCAUCCUGGCACACACACUCCCGGGUAUUAUGGGCUCUCCGUGGGUGUUAACUGCCCCACAAAUAGGCUCUAAUACAACUUGCCUGUUUGCAGAACUUCUAGUCGCUCCUGCUCGUGUUAAAUAAUGCCAGUCUUUGCACGCGCUGUUAGCUGAAUGGGGGAGAAGGUUCCUUCUAGAUUGCUGGUAGAUUCUUCUCCAGUGCGCUUUCUGAGACAUGAUCAAAGUCGUCUUACAGAUUUAAUUCUUAUGUGCUUCAACUGUGUAAACUACACCAGGGAGCUCAACAGAUGCAUACUUUCUAAGCUGUGUGAGGGGUAAUUGUUGCAACUGCAUGAUCCAAAGCAUGAUGCUGACUUGAGUAUCAAAAGAUUUGCACACAUAAUAUCCAGCAUUUGUUCUUGUAGAACGUAACUUGAAAAAAAAUCCUUAUGUUAAAAAGGAACAAUCAAAGAUUAUUUAUUUUUUAAGUGGGAAAAGAAAAUGUCUUAUCCAUUGAAAUCAACUCUUGAAUUUGCAGAAUAAGGUGUCUGAAGUCAAUGCUAGUGGAGUAAAAGUAAUUUUAAGUAGUAUUAGGGCUGUUUCUUCAAAAGUAUUUAAACUGCGCAGGUGAGAUGAACUUUUCAGAACUGCUUUAGCACUUGGGAAGGUGCCCAAGAGGAAACAUCCGUCUUUCCAGAGCUCCGGGCGCUUGCACAGCCAGCUGGCUCUCCUUCUGAGAAAAAAAGAAUCAAAUGUUUGUGAUCAGCCAGAGUAGCGUGUUAAAAUAUGCAUGAGACCCAGUCAUUUUAGAACAAUUAACAGCAAGGAGGGCGUACCACAGAGGGCAGCCCGCUGAAGUGCCGGCGGUGUCGCGGGGGGUGACCUGCCGGGGUGGGGGGGGGACCCCUGAGAACGGCUGCGGCACAAUCACAGCACUGCCGGCCGUGCCGCGCGCCACACCGGUAGCUGUUCAAAAUAGCCCUGAAAUAGCUGGUGGGAAAAACUUUAAGGCAGAACGCGCUGUAGUUGCAAAAGGAGAAUGCAGCAGAAUGAAGUUCGUCCCGGGCCGCCCUGGUCUCGGCUGUUGGCGAGACGGUCGGGGGCCGAGCAGGUUCACGGUUGGUCGGGGGGAGCGGAGGGGGGGCCGGUGUUUGCCGAGCGGUGGAAAGGAACCGCCUCGGUAGCAAAGCCUGCCAUGGCUCAGCAGCCUCGAUGCGUUAAGGCUCAUUAGUGAAAAACUUGAUCGGUUGCCGAUACAAUGCAAGAUGACCAAGGGACGCCAUUGGCUUUUAUUAUACCGCUUUUAAAGAAUGCAUUAUUUUUUUUUUGCCUGAAAAGGAGGCAUUCCUUGAACUUCAGGGGAUGAGUGAUCAGAGUGGUCUCUAGGGAUUUUUCCUCCAUUUUAAAUUCAGUCCUAUGCACUUUUUAUUUAUAUGAUCCUUUGAAAGUAUCUGUGCCCUUGAAGCGUAGCUGGUAACUGCUCCCGGGGUUUCUCUCCCUGGGAAUUGGUUUGUGCGCUGGAGGAAUUCGGAGUCUGUGCAGAAGCUCCCCCGGGUCAGGAACUGCUCCAGGCUGCGGUCCCGCAGUGAAACCAAAGAAAAGUGCUUUGGGGCGCCAGGGCCUUUGGUGAGGGGCUCUCGGGGUACAGCUGGGAGAUGUUUGCAGGAGGGCUCGCUGUGUGAUGCGCUGGGGGACGGUGCUGCCCACCCCCGGCUGGUAGCAGCCUCCCGCCGCAGCACACCCGCUUCUUAUUUACACCGUGGUGUAGUGCCGGGGGGCGGGAUGCGCAGGGGGGGCUCCCCAGCACAAGCCUGCCUCCCUCUGCGCCCCCUCCGUGGGCUGCCCUGGGGGCACCCUGGCUUUCGCCUCUCCGUUUGGUCAGUCUGACGUGGUGGGGGAUUUUUAGGCUGUUUUUUCAGUUUCCCUCCUGGGGUCUCUGAGAGCUGAUGAGCACCCUGGCUUCUGAAGCGGAGCCUUUUGGCUCCGGGCUGCCGAGGUGUGCGAGGAGGAGGAUGCUCUGCGCAGCCGGGCGCCGGUUGGGCUCGGCGGCACCCCUCAGGUCGCAGCUCCAGCCCCAGGAAUACUUUAAAUUUUUUCCUGAACAUAUUCCACGGCAUGAGACAUAAUGGUCUGUUUGCCCUAGUUUUUCACUUGGCUCAAUAUUUUUGCACUGGUUUUCUUUUUUCUUUCGUUGUUGAGAGGUAAAUGUGUGUUUUAGCAAACUAGAGUUAAACAUAACUGAGCCAGGGGGCUGAUGCUGUUGUACGGGGCUUUAAGAUGUUUGUAAAUUAUAUGCUCCUU